GCUGGAUUGACCCUUGAAGUGAUGUGGACAGAGGCUCUCACGUGUGUUUAUUAUAACCACUGGACCCAGCAUCGUGUCUUCAUGUUCACUUAAAUCAGAACUUGCACAAGAAAGAGAAUGGGAGUCUGGUUAAACAAAGAUGACUUUAUCAGAGACUUGAAGAGGCUCAGCCUCUGUCUUCUGAUACUCUAUGUGGUCCUUGUAGUGGGCACAGAUCAGAAUUUUUACAGCUUACUUGGAGUAUCUAAAACUGCAAGCAGCAGAGAAAUAAGACAAGCCUUUAAGAAAUUAGCACUGAAGUUACAUCCUGAUAAAAACCCGAAUAACCCAAAUGCACAUGGUGAUUUUUUAAAAAUAAAUAGAGCAUAUGAAGUACUCAAAGAUGAAGAUCUGCGGAAAAAGUAUGACAAGUAUGGAGAGAAGGGACUUGAAGACAAUCAAGGAGGCCAGUACGAGAGCUGGAGCUACUACCGCUACGAUUUUGGUAUUUACGAUGAUGACCCUGAAAUCAUAACAUUGGAAAGAAGAGAGUUUGAUGCUGCUGUCAAUUCUGGAGAACUGUGGUUUGUAAACUUUUACUCCCCAGGAUGCUCACAUUGCCACGAUUUAGCCCCCACUUGGAGAGAAUUUGCUAAGGAAGUGGAUGGGUUACUUCGAAUUGGAGCUGUCAACUGUGGCGAUGACCGCAUGCUUUGCCGAAUGAAAGGAGUCAACAGUUACCCCAGCCUCUUCAUCUUUAGGUCUGGGAUGGCUGCGGUGAAAUACAAUGGCGACAGAUCAAAGAACAGCUUAGUGAGCUUCGCCAUGCAGCAUGUCAGGAGCACAGUGACUGAGCUGUCAACAGGAAAUUUUGUUAACGCCAUAGAAACUGCUUUUUCUGCUGGUGUCGGCUGGCUGAUCACGUUUUGUUCUAAAGGAGAAGAUUGUUUGACACCACAGACACGACUCAGGCUUAGUGGCAUGUUGGAAGGGCUUGUUCACGUGGGGUGGGUGGACUGUGACGCCCAGGACAGCCUCUGUAAGAGUUUGGACAUCACAGCGAGUACCACUGCUUAUUUUCCUCCUGGAGCCACUUUGAGUAACAAAGAAAAUUCCAGUGUUUUGUUUCUUAAUUCAUUGGAUGCUAAGGAAAUAUACAUGGAAAUCAUACAUAAUCUUCCAGACUUCGAACUGCUUUCAGCAAAUAAACUAGAGGAUCGUUUGGCACAUCAUCGCUGGCUUUUAUUUUUUCACUUCGGAAAAAAUGAAAAUGGAAAUGAUCAUGAAUUGAAAAAACUGAAAACUCUACUUAAAAAUGAGCAUAUUCAAGUUGGAAGGUUUGACUGCUCUUCUGCACCAGGCAUUUGUUCUGAUCUGUAUGUUUUCCAGCCCUGUCUAGCAGUGUUUAAAGGACAAGGAACCAAAGAAUAUGAAAUUCAUCAUGGAAAGAAGAUUCUAUAUGAUAUACUUGCUUUUGCCAAAGAAAGUGUUAAUUCCCAUGUUACCACACUUGGACCUCAGAACUUCCCUGCAAGUGACAAGGAACCAUGGCUUGUUGACUUCUUCGCCCCUUGGUGUCCGCCAUGUCGAGCUCUUUUGCCAGAGUUACGGAAAGCAUCAACACUGCUAUAUGGUCAGCUCAAAGUUGGUACACUAGACUGCACAAUUCAUGAAGGACUCUGCAACAUGUAUAACAUCCAAGCUUAUCCAACAACAGUAGUAUUCAACCAGUCCAGUAUUCAUGAGUAUGAAGGACACCACUCUGCAGAACAGAUCUUGGAGUUCAUAGAGGAUCUCAGGAACCCUUCAGUGGUGACCCUCACACCCGGCACCUUUGCUGACCUAGUUAAGCAGAGGAGGCAUGACGAGGUCUGGAUGGUUGAUUUCUAUUCUCCGUGGUGUCAUCCCUGCCAGGUCUUAAUGCCAGAGUGGAAACGAAUGGCCCGGACAUUAACUGGACUGAUCAAUGUGGGCAGUGUGGACUGCCAGCAGUAUCAUUCUUUUUGUACCCAAGAAAAUGUUCAAAGAUACCCCGAGAUACGAUUUUAUCCCCAAAAGUCAAAUAAAGGGUAUCAGUAUCAUAGUUACAAUGGCUGGAAUAGGGAUGCUUAUUCCCUGCGAAGCUGGGGUCUCGGAUUUUUACCCCAAGCGUCCAUAGAUUUAACACCUCAGACUUUCAACGAAAAGGUUUUACAAGGGAAAACCCACUGGGUGGUUGAUUUCUAUGCUCCUUGGUGUGGACCUUGCCAGAAUUUUGCCCCAGAGUUUGAACUCUUGGCUAGGAUGAUCAAAGGAAAAGUGAAAGCUGGGAAAGUGGACUGUCAGGCCUACCCCCAGACGUGCCAGAAAGCUGCCAUUAAAGCCUACCCAAGUGUUAAGUUUUAUCAGUACGAAAGAGCAAAGAAAAGUAUACAGGAAGAGCAAAUAAAUUCCAGAGAUGCAAAAACUAUUGCUGCCUUAAUUUACAGAAAACUGGAAACUCUCCAAAGCCAAGUAAAGAGAAAUAAGGAUGAGCUUUGAUAUUGAAGGAAAAAAUUGUAAGGAAAGAACCUGGAAAAUGCCAUCAGAAGAUCCCUUUUCCAAAGCUAAGAUGCUCUUGAGGAAGCAGAUGCUCAUGACUUGGCCUUGCAGGUGCACUCUGCA